UAGUAAAUCGGGUACAGACCGAGGCUAUAAGAGAUCGUCGCUCGCGCUUUGCGCGGCUCAGUGAGUCAAGAUCGUUCGAAGGAGCUCCAUUGCCAGCUUCGUUCGAACGGCCGGCGGCGUCGAACGCGUACAUUCGCGACACAUUGGAACCAGUAACUCUCUUCGUCCAAGUUCAACAAAUCUUUCUUCUUCGAGAUGCGUGAAUGCAUAUCCGUUCACGUAGGCCAGGCAGGAGUACAGAUUGGAAAUGCCUGCUGGGAAUUGUAUUGUCUGGAGCAUGGCAUCCAACCGGACGGGCAGAUGCCGUCGGACAAGAUGCUCGGAGGCGGCGACGACAGCUUCAACACCUUUUUCAGCGAAACCGGCGCUGGAAAACACGUACCCAGAGCGGUAUUCGUGGAUCUCGAGCCCACUGUAGUAGACGAGGUGCGCACUGGCACGUAUCGGCAACUGUUCCAUCCCGAGCAACUGAUAACCGGCAAGGAGGAUGCCGCGAAUAAUUACGCGCGCGGCCACUACACGAUCGGCAAGGAGAUAGUGGACCUUGUUCUAGACCGCGUUCGCAAACUGGCUGACCAAUGCACGGGACUGCAAGGUUUUCUGAUUUUUCAUUCGUUCGGCGGCGGCACCGGUUCCGGCUUCACGUCUUUGCUGAUGGAGCGACUGUCGGUCGACUACGGCAAGAAGUCCAAGCUCGAAUUCGCGAUCUAUCCGGCGCCCCAGGUCUCGACAGCCGUGGUCGAGCCAUAUAACUCGAUUCUCACGACGCACACCACCCUCGAGCAUUCCGACUGCGCGUUCAUGGUGGAUAACGAGGCGAUUUACGACAUCUGCAGACGCAACUUGGACAUCGAGCGGCCCACCUACACGAAUCUGAACCGACUGAUCGGCCAGAUCGUGUCGUCGAUCACGGCCUCACUGCGCUUCGACGGCGCGCUCAACGUCGACCUGACGGAAUUCCAGACGAAUCUGGUACCCUAUCCCAGGAUCCAUUUCCCCUUGGUCACCUAUGCGCCCGUCAUAUCCGCGGAGAAGGCCUACCAUGAGCAGUUAUCCGUCGCCGAGAUCACGAACGCCUGCUUCGAGCCGGCCAAUCAGAUGGUCAAAUGCGACCCGCGUCAUGGCAAGUAUAUGGCCUGCUGUAUGCUCUAUAGAGGCGACGUGGUGCCGAAGGACGUGAACGCGGCGAUCGCGACCAUCAAGACUAAGCGUAGCAUCCAAUUUGUCGAUUGGUGCCCCACCGGCUUCAAGGUCGGCAUCAAUUAUCAGCCACCGACGGUCGUGCCCGGCGGCGAUCUCGCCAAAGUGCAGCGUGCCGUCUGCAUGCUGUCGAACACGACGGCGAUUGCCGAGGCCUGGGCACGGCUCGACCACAAGUUCGACCUGAUGUAUGCGAAGAGGGCCUUCGUGCAUUGGUACGUGGGUGAGGGCAUGGAAGAGGGAGAGUUCUCCGAGGCGCGGGAGGAUCUAGCUGCGUUGGAGAAAGACUAUGAAGAAGUCGGCAUGGACUCCACCGACGGAGAGGGAGACGCCGCAGAUGAAUACUAAAGAUCCCCGGGAGAAAAUUAUUACAUAUAAUUUGUAUGAAUUUUGUCUCUACAUGACGUCACAUAUGUAACCGCGCGUAAUUAUACACGUCAACGUGGAAAAAAGAGCUGUUACAUGUAUAAAUACAAUUGAAGUGACUGUUUAUGUUUGUGGCAGUCGAUGAUAUCUUUUCUUCUUUAUUCAACGGCGUUUUCUCCGUGUAAACGUGUACAAUUAUGUAUGAUUAAAUAUGUGGCCGUAUACUUAGACAAGAUUCAUAUAAUUAUAUGCAAUCCUUUUGGCUCGGAUUCGAUUGCUGUCGGUGCUCUGUCGUCUACUUAUGAUCGCCACGACGCUUGCCGCUUAUUACAAUUAUGCGCUUGUGAUUUCCCUACCCGGCUAAUUUCCUAAGACCCGGAGUGAUCCCCGUAAAGUUACCAUCGCACAAGCGAUCGUGUUGAUCUUGCCACUUGCUUCUCACUCGAGUCAAGUUUUGUACGUCUCGCCGUUGCGAGACGGAGCGUGCAUUAAAUUUCGUUCGAACAAUUUGUUACUUAGUUAGAAGCUUGGAAAAAUGCAAGUAUUGAGAAAUAUAUAAGCAUAUGCAAAAGUA